UUUAAACCAAAAGACUCAAACACUGUUCAUGCAAAAAACCUCUAGCAACGUAGCUUUUUCCUCUCCUGAGCGCUGCGUCCUGAAGAGCAACCCGCAUUAAGAAAACACAAUGGCUUUUCGUGUUACAAGAAACCGCUUGGCUUCCACUAGGACUGACCUCGAAGGAAAGGCGUGCGGGCCCACAAAGCCACGAGCAGCCCUUCAGGAAAUUGGAAACGUCCCAACUACUAAAGAGCCACAAAAGGCUGUCAAGGUCCAGGCUGCCAAGAAGACCAAAGCUCUCGCUCCAAAGGAAAAACCUGAGCCCAAAGCCAAGGAUGUUGCUGUGCUACAGGUUCCUCCUGAGUCGACCUCCCCGACCCCUAUGGAGACGUCGGGGUGCGAACCAGCUGACCUGUGUCAGGCGUUUUCAGAUGUCCUCCUUCAAAGUGCCAUCAGGGAUGUGGAUGCCGACGACUAUGACAACCCAAUGCUCUGCAGCGAAUAUGUGAAGGAAAUAUACAAGUACAUGCGUCAACUGGAGGCUGAGCAGAAUGUUCGAGCCACGUAUCUCCAAGGCCAGGAAGUGACGGGUAACAUGCGUGCCAUACUAGUAGACUGGCUUGUCCAAGUGAACCUGAAGUUCCGCCUGCUGCAGGAGACUAUGUACAUGACCGUGGGAAUCAUCGAUCGCUUUCUUCAGGAGCACCCAGUCCGCAAGAACAAGUUGCAGCUGGUCGGAGUAACCGCCAUGUUCCUGGCUUCAAAGUACGAGGAGACUUACCCGCCAGAGAUCUCCGACUUUGCCUUUGUGACCGACAGGGCGUACACCACUGCUCAGAUCAGAGAGAUGGAGAUGACCAUCCUGCGUGUGCUCAAAUUCCAACUGGGUCGUCCUCUUCCCCUGCAGUUCCUCAGGAGGGCCUCCAAGAUCCAUGAGGUCACCGCUGAACAGCACACACUGGCUAAAUAUUUGCUUGAGCUCACCAUGGUCGACUACGAAAUGGUUCAUUUCCCACCUUCAAUUGUGGCGAGUGCUGCUUUGGCGCUGGCGCUGAAGCUGUUGGAUGCUGGGGAGUGGGAUGCAACGCUGCAGCACUACAUGGACUACACCGCUGACAGUUUGGUUCCCAUCAUGGCUCACAUUGCAAAGAAUGUUGUCAAAGUGAAUGAAGGAAAAACUAAGCAUAUGGCCGUCAAAGGGAAGUAUUCUACUUCAAAACAGAUGAAGAUCGCAACAAUUUCGCAGCUGAAGUCUUCUGUAGUGAAAGAGCUUGCGAUGCAACUCACACAGUGACUUUUUUUUGGCACAAUGUGCUAAUUGUACAGAGUGGUGUCGGGAGUUCCUGGGGUUUUUACAUUUUUAAGGACACAUUUUUUUAAAUGCCUUUUUAAUCUCUGUAAAUACUCUAAACUCAAUCCUUCAGACUAUCCCUGUCCAGAUUUUCAAAUUGCAUUUAUUUAUGCUGUUUUAUGCACGCUUUAACAUUUGUGGUUCUUAAAUGUGUUAAACAUUAAAUGAUUUUUUUUUUUGGCCAGAAUGUUGUCAAAGCUCUCCUCUAGAGGGCGCCAUUGGAUAAAGUGUGUUGACUUUAGUGCGAUAUCAAUAUGCUUUGACAUUCAAUUGUAAUUUGAUCAUAAUUUAUAGUCCAGAUAGAACACUAGGCAAAGUUAUUCCUAAACAUUUUAAUAUACAAUGUCAUACUAGAACCAUUUUUUUAUUUCAAAUAAAGUAAAUGGUGCAAAAACUA